ACAAACACCACUUGGACUAGCAUACACAAAUUGACAGCAGGGCACGGGAACGUUCUCGGUUACGAUUCAUAUGCGAGCCAUGAGUGAGCGGAGACUUGGGUUGGAUGGGAAGAGGCCUCACUGCUGACCCAUCUUUUGGCGGCUUCGAUUGACAGGUGAAGACUGACGGACGGAUGGAAAGGGCGAGAAGGAUGGACAGCGGCUUCGGUCUGAACCCACACCACAUGGAGGCGGGGCUGCAGAGCCCUGCGGCUGAGCGCGUGGUGCACGACUCCUUAAGCCCUCUGAUGGAGGAGGCCAGCCCAAGCUCUGGGGAGCACAGCGAGGCCAUAGAGAUGCACAACCUUACAGAGGAGCAGUAUGCCUUGCACUCAGGUUUCUCUCUACGCAGAGAGCCAGGCCUUCCUGCCGAGCUGUGCCCUGGUGGGGCGAGGGCGGGGACGCCUGGGGGCCAGGAAGGUGAACCCCCUGGUGAGGGCACGGUGGUCCUCAGCCACACAGCGCGUUCUGUGCUCCAUGCCCAGCCGAACUAUUGGAUGGUCACGGAAUGCCAUAAUCUCCCAGUACUACAACCGCUCCAUGCGCCUCCGACUCCGUCGCCAGAGCCAGCCCUCCAUCCGGGACGCAUCCCACUCCGCCCGGCCCAGUAUCCGUGGCUACCGUAUGGAGGCAGACUCGGAGGACGAAGAGAACAAGAAGGAGCAGCUGGUGACGAACCUGCAGGCCCUGUCGGCCGGUGACCGGGUGCGCAUGCUGAGGGCCAUGCCCAUCAAUAUGGCCGAGAAGAGUGAGCUCAGAAAACUGGCAUGCAGUUCCAAGGGCAAACCUCCACCCUCCCGCACAGCCAUUUCCUGCUUCAGCCACGUGAAAAUGUUUGUCAUCAUUGCCUUACAGCAUGGCUGGAGCAGCUGGAUGUCCUUCCUGCAGUCCCUGCAGCUGUGGCAGGUGGCGCUAAAGACUGUUGGCGGGCGCUUCGGUACGGGCGUGCUCUCCUACUUCCUGUUCCUCAAGACCCUCCUGCUCUUCAACAUCUUCCUCUUCAUCGUCAACUGCUUCUUCCUGGUCAUCCCCCAGGCUGUGAACCCUCCACCUCCCGGUGCUGCUGAUGUCAGCUUUACGGGCCUGGAGCUGCUCACGGGCGGUGGCUACUUCACGGACACCGUGAUGUUUUACGGCUACUACACAAACUCCUCGCUGAAGGAUACCUGCCGAACGUCACAGAACCUCACCGGCGACAGAGCUGCUGACCCAGCGCACUGUGGCUGCGGUCACAACACCCAGCGGAUGUCCUACAAUAUACCAGCGGCCUACUUUUUCACCACCGGAGUGGCCUUCUUCGUCACCUGCAUCAUCCUCGUCUACAGUGUGUCCAAGUCGUUCGGGCAGAGUUUCCGCAUCGAGAAGUCCCGAGGGAACCUGACUGUGAAGGUCUUCUGCUCCUGGGACUUCAAGGUCAUCAAGAAGUCCUCUGUGAAGCUGCAGUCUGAGAAUAUCUGUACACAGCUGAAGGAGCUGCUCUCAGAAGUGAACUGCAGGCUCGUGGAGAAGAGCUUGGCUCAGAGGCUUGCUUGGCUGGCAGUGCAUGCGCUGGCCUGGAUCAUGUGCUUGGCCAGCACCUUAGGGUGUGCCCUCUCCGUCUUCUACUUCUCUCAGUACCUUUUUGAGGACCGUCAGCACCGUCAGCACCAUCAGCAAGUGCUCUCAGGAAACUCGCUGUCCCUUAAAGAGGAGGCCCGUUUGCUGGUCUUGCCUGUAGUAGUGUCCAGUAUUAACCUUCUGCUGCCUGGCUUCUUCAAUCUUGUGGCAUGGAUGGAGGUGUAUGACUCCCUCAGCGUGCGCGCCUAUGUCGCCAUCUUCAGGAACUUACUGCUAAAAGUGAGUGUUCUGGGAAUGCUUUGUUACCGUUGGCUAGGAAAGAUCGCGGCUGAGCCAGAGAGCCUAGGACUACAGUGCUGGGAGAGCUACGUGGGGCAGGAGUUGUAUCGUUUCCUGCUGAUGGACUUCAUAUUCUCAAUACUGGACACAUUGUUUGGGGAAUUCCUCUGGAAGCUGUUUUCACAGAGAGUGCUGAGGAGGAAGAGGAAGCCUGUUUUUGACAUUGCUCGCAAUGUGCUGGAGCUUAUCUACGGCCAGACUUUAGCCUGGCUGGGUGUGCUCUUCAGUCCACUGCUUCCUGCUGUGCAGAUCAUCAAGUUGCUGCUGUUAUUCUACAUGAAAAAGACCAGCUUGAUGAUGAACUGCCAAGCUCCGAGGAGACCAUGGAGGGCGAGUCAGAUGACCACAUUCUUUAUCUCCCUGCUCUGUUUUCCUUCUUACCUGGGGGCCGCAGUGUCCGUCGCCUACACCGUAUGGAUGUUAAAGCCAUCAGCAGAGUGUGGGCCCUUCAGGGGCCUCUCCACCAUGGUCAUAUCUGGGAAGAGCUGGGUUGCGGAGCUGGCGGGGGCCAACCCCAACCUGGCCUGGCUCAUCUGGGUGCACGCUUACCUAGUGGAGAACCCAAUCUUCCUUUUUGUUGUCGCUGGGAUAUUCCUAAUCAUCACUUACUUCCACACCCAGGUUGUGGACGGACAGAGGAAGAUCAUCGUUCUUCUGCAGGAGCAGAUUGAGAAUGAGGGGCAGGAUAAGAAGUUUCUGAUUAGUAAAUUGCAGUUGGCCCAUGAGCAGAAACACCCGGUCUCCCCUCAAAGACGAGAGUUGAGGAGCAACGAGGACUGAUGUAUGGAUUAAUUCCAGUACAGAUCUACAUCUGUGCUACAAAUACAACGGCAAUUUGACCCGGAUUGGUUAUCGCAGUUGCCAUUUACAUUGAUUAUCGUCAUAAGACAUCAUCAGACGUGAGGCCUGGCUUACACCAUUUAUUCCAAUUACUGUUCAUAUAUACCAUCAGAGUGAACCUACUACAUUCAGCCACAAAUUACAGACCCGGUUUCCAAAUCUCAAUUUGAGUGAACUGCCAUGCACAGGAGAACAAGGACUUUAACUUUUCCGCAGCCACCUUGCCUCCUCAUGGACAGGCAGCAGAAGACUUUGAAUGGAUACAAUGGUGCAUUAAUAGGAAGAUGCUAAAGAUGUAUUUGGUGAAUCAAAAUGGAGGCCUUGGUGGUUGCCCUGGAAACCACCUGAACUGGAGCUGUACAUGCUGAGGAAUGGAACACAGGCAUGUGCAGACGGUGAUACAAGUAAUAUAUACUAAGAUACAAGGGUAUACAGUAUGUUUCCUUUGACUGUUCAAACUCUUAAGUAUUAUAACAUUUUCUGCUUUGGCUGUUUAUGUGGUUGAGUAGCAGUAUGCCUGGGUUCUGUAAAAAGGGACUAGCUAGUGAUUAUGUGCUGUAUUUGUGUUGUGCUCAAUCCCUUGUGUUACUGGGUCAAUCCCAGUGUGCAGUCUUGAACCCCAAGACCAGGAACUAGAGUAUAGAGAGUAUAGCAAGAGCUAUCCAAAUCUAUGACAGAAUGAUGAACCAGGUGUAAAUUUAUUUAGUCAAGAGGGUUUAAACCACUUCAGAACUCCAGCUAAGCACACAGCAGUUGACUCAUUGUGCUUGAUUGCAUUGUUUGUACAUCAACAAAAGCUAGUAACCAGUGAUUAUUGAGGGGUACUAAUUGUGCUAAGGCAGAGGUGUCCAAUCUUAUCCUAAAAGGGCUGGCGUGGGUGCAGGUUUUUGUUUUAAUCCAGCGGUAACACACCUGAUUAUACUACAGUUUUUUACAAUCGUUUUCACCCUUGUCUCAAUACCAUGUCCACUUUUUCAAAACUCUUCACACAGUGUGCUUUUGAAACACGCACCUGAGCACAUCAGUUAACCUUUGGUGCAAAAUGCACUUCAACCACCAAAACACUUAAUAUUUCACCCAAAAGUGACUCAUGCUGCCGUAACUAUAGCAUAUGCUUUCUCCCAUAAGACUACUUUGUCACUCAAUGUUCAAUGAACUACAAAACACAAACAACUUGGAGCAUUGCUAAAUACAUAUAUUAUGUGUUUCCCUUUCCUCUAUUUCAAGCCAAGCAGCUAAAGAAACUUUUGAUCUGUUGGUUUGCCUCUCACAAUAGAUGGCAUGACUGAGUGUGGUAAAUUUACAGUAAACUGUAAAUGAAUUAAUGUUUUACUAUAUUGGAAACCCAGAAUAACUAUUUUUACUGUGUAAUGUAAAACAAUAUACGAUAAAGAAACAAAUCACAAAAGCAACAGUAUUCUUCAGAGGGUUUACAGUAUUUUGACAUUUGUUCUCACAGUGCAAUAUACUGUAAUUCAGAAAAGAAAAAUACAAUACAAUCAAUUACUCAAAAUACAUUACAAUCAAUAACAAAUACAUACCAAAAAGCAAUAUUUUCACUAUAUACAGUAAUUUGCACAUAUAUUGUCUGCCUAUCAGUAUCAGAAGUCUACUGUUGGCCUGGCCCAUCCAUCCUGUCCUCUGCAUUUGGCCAUAGAUUUUCAUCAACAUCACUCCAAAUGUGAUCUCUUGCUAUACUCCGAGCAUUCUUUGCGUGCCUUUUCCAGCCCUGGAUGUGUUCCACUGUUAUGUCCAUACACCCAGCAGCCAUUGCAUCUAGAAGUGACAUCUGUUCAUGUGGGUGGUGGUCCUAAACCUUCACAUAUACCUUCAUAAACUUCAUAUUUGUAUCUGAGUUCCUUGACACCCUCAGAGUUCCUGUCAAAGGGGACAGUGUACAACUGUUUCAUCCUGAUCUGAUGUUUCUGUAGCACUUUUGAAAUGGUUGUAGUGCUUACACUGUCAGUGUUCAGAAAUAUGUUGUUGUCUGCGAUUAUGUUGUUGCAUAUUUCUCUUAGGCUGAUGCUGUUGUUGACAAUGACCAUCCCAACUAUUGUAUCCUCCUGUUGAGGCGUAAACAUUCUUCCCCUUCCCCCUGUGUGACUGUGUGAGGUAACCGCUGGGUCCUGUAGUGAGUCAAAGACAAAUGUGCACUGAUACAUCUGCUUUUUCUGGAGACUUCUCAAAUCACAGUACUGCUGUAAUAUACACAUCAAUUGAACUCCUUCAGUCAGAAUGCUGCAAAUACUGUAUAGUACCUGUUGGUUUGCCUGAAAAUCCUCACUAUUGAAGCCACUGUGGAUCUAGGCAAGUUUGGUUGAACCCUCAACCUACUUCCCUCAGGGACAGGCCAUGAUUUACCAAUGACUGUGGCUCUGAUUUCAUCAGACACAACUGUUCUUUCUCUUCCGCAACUUCUUCGUCCUCUGCCUCUGGCUGCAUCCAUUUUCCCCACCAAGGCUAAAGAAUUCAAAUGCCAAUCCAAAGAUGGCCCCUUUUGUAUAUGUGGUAACGGGGCACAAACAACAAACACCUGGGUAGGUUGUUCACUGAAAUGACAGCCAUGUGUUUCAACAGUACAUAUACAGCAGUAAUAGCGGAAAAAUCUCUUCAGUGAUAACUACAUCUAUAUUUACCCUAUAUACAUGCACAUUUCAAUGCAAGUAUGAUCACUUUUGCAUAGAUGGUAACAAGGCUGCAAACAAAAAAAUUGAAUAAACUGAAUAAACUUUCUGCUCAAAUCAGAAUGAUCUGUCUUACGUAUUUCAAGCAUAUAGUUUCAUUUUUCUGCCAAAAUGCAGCAUAUUUCCUUCCACAAUGAUCAGAAUUUUAUUGGGUUUUGAACUGAAAGUUAACUGUUUUGAACAGAGUAUCUAAAUGUCUGCAAAAUUUGCUGUAUUUGUACAAACUUUUGCUGGUAGUGAACAUUGACUGAGAGAGGUAUUCAUGAAUUUUGGAAGAAGGGGUGAUUGAAUGCCUUUAGUAUGAAAGCUUUAGUUCACAUAGUCUAAUGAUAUGGUGAAUGUGUUAAGUGUUUUGAAAAAGUGGACAUGGUAUUGAGACAAGUGUGAAAACGAUUGUAAAAAACUGUAAUAAACUAAUCGUGGUCUUUAAUCAAGACCUUGAUGAGUAGAAUCAGCUGUCUUAGUCCUGUGCUAAAACAACAACCUGCACACACACCGGCCCUUUCUGGAAAGGAUUGGACACCCCUGUGCUAUCAUGUCAUGCUCAUCGCCAUCGUCCUAUCCUGCGCUCCUCCAGCAUGAUGACUGCACAGCUGGGCUCGUGGACUGCGGAGGGCACCAGCUAAAAUGGCUGUUGGCAGCACAAGUCUCAAAGAGGCUCUUCAUUGACCUUGCAGCAAUGACACAAGCAUACGUGCAUGUUGGAGUCGUACGGAUUAUGGGAAAAUCUGUAUUACAAUGAACUAAAAGGAAAACUGUGACCUGUAAAUAAAAUGAAUAGUUUUCUGUCAUGUACUUACAUUUCAAGCAGUUAUUGGUUUGCUGCAACCAGAAUGCUUCUUAAAACUCAGCCAAUCAGUACAAGAGGAAAUCGCACAUAUUUUUUCUGCUGUUACUAAAACACCUAUUAAACUAAGCCAAUCAGCAAGAUGAGGAAAAUGUGUAUAUUGGUCUAUUCUUGCCAAAAAAAAAACAGUAUGAGGGCAAAGAACAAAAGAAUAUGGUAAUGCUAAUGGAAUGUGGAGCAAAUUAUUAAUUUUGCUUGGAGAAAAAUUGGAACAAUUACAGUGCAGUCCGUAAGGAUUUGGAUAAUUAAACAUUUUCUGUUGUUUUUGCUCUGUACUCUAGCACAUUUAAUUUGAAAUAAAACCAUGACUAUGCAGUUAA